AUGGGAUGCUGUGCCCAGCAUAGAGCAGGUGUGGACAGAAGCGGCUUCCAGACCCAUCCCACUGGGGCUGGGCUCUUCCUCAGGGAUCUGGUGCCCUACAGCCUUGGCAGCAAGAGGAGCCGCUCUUGGCAAGGUGAAGCAGGGAAGGCUGGCACUGGUGCUGGGCCCCUCCACAGCCAGGAAUGCCCCCACCUGCCUGGGGGUGGGUGGGUGGAAGUCUGGGCCAGCGGUUGGGGGGACAGCAGCCCUCCCCCUCCCCCUCCUCGCACCGGCCCGGCUUGCCCGGGGGGGGGGGCGGGAAGGGCUGCGACAUUCCUCGGCGGAGGUAGAGCCCCCCCUCCGCCAGACCAGGGCUGCAGGCCGGGCCCGGGAGCCCAAGAGGCUCCUCCUCGAGGGGGCCCUGGCUGUCGAAGGGGCCCGCCGGGUCCGGGAAGGAGACUGCCUCCGAGCUCCCCACGCCUGCCGGACCUCCUCCGGCCGCUGACCCUCCGGCGGGGCGCCCGAGAGGGCUGCCCAGGAAGCGAAGGGCCGCCGGGGCGCUCGCUGGGCAGCGGGGAAGGCUGCAAGGGCAACCGAGGCCGGCGCUCCCGGGGGGCGGCGGAGGCGGGCUGGCGCAGGGCCCGCCCGGUGCGUCGCUUCUACGGCCUUCGCGCCGGACCCCGCGGCCGCCGCCGGCUCCGCUGCUCGCAAUGUCCCGGGCCGACCGCAGGGGGCGCUGCGACACCGGCAGUGACCGCCGCCGAGAUACGGAGCCUCCUCCGGCCGGGCGACGGCGCCCGUUUCCCACGCCACGCGCGCCAGAGCCGGGUCGACCCACGAGCCGGGUCGCCCCCCCCCCGGCUGCGCGAUGCACGCGCCGGCCGCUCACACGUGCAUUUCAGAUCCAUAACGCGCGUUCGCCUAAAACGCACAACGCGCGGGGAGGCUUUGGGAGUCGGCGCGCGGAAGCAGGCCUCCGUCCCCAGAGCACGCGCAGCGCCGGCGGAACGCUCGGGGCAUGUGCAGAGCGCCUCUCUCGGCUCCUCUGGCCACCCGCCUUCCGGGUCAUUCCGAGCCCCGGAGGCCAGGCAGGCAGGCAGGCGUCGCCGAGCGGCCUUCGAGGGAGCCCAGCCCCGGCCGCCAAGGGCAGCGGCGCCGACUCUGACCGGCAGCGGCUCUCGGGCCCUUCGCGCCACGGGCGACCGCAGCCUCCAGGCCGGCCGCUCCCCGCCUCCGCGCCCCGCCCGCCCCGCAGCCUCCCCGGCCGGCCUCUGGCUCGGCGCCCGGCGCCCCCGGCCUCCAAAGGGAGCCGCCGGUCGGGCGCCGCAGCCGCCGCUAGAGGGAGCCCAGGAGCCGCCCCUGCUGCCGGUCCGGCCCGCCGCCGGCGCCCCCGCAGGGCCGGGCCAGGGGAGACCUGGGUGGCGCGCAGCCGGGCCGGGCCGGGCCGGGCACCUCCGCCUCUCGCCGCGGCUGGGGCCGGUCUGCCUGCCCGCCGCCGGAGCCGCCCGCCCGCCCGCGUGGUUCCUGGCCGGCCGCGGCUCCGCCACCCGCUGCCCACGAGGCGUCCUCGGCGCGCCUCCCUCGCUCGCUCGCUCGCUCCCUCCGUCUCGGGCGAGGCCCCUUCGCGGGGAGGGCCGGGCUGGGCCGGCUGACGGAUCGCCGGGCCGGCCGUGCGCUCUGCGCGCUCCAGCGGGGCUGGGCUGGGCUGGGCUGGGCUGGGCUGAGCGAAGCGAGCGGCUGCCCAGAGAUCCCGCCCCGCCCGCCGCCGCCGCCGCCGCCGCCACGGGCUCGCCGCUUCGUGCUCCGCCCCUCGCCGGGGCUGUGCCGCCAGCCGCCGCCGCGGCCGACCGGGAGAUGCAGCGUCCUUCCCGCCGCCGGAGCAGCCGCCCGCCGCCUCCCGCCUGCCUUCCCCGAGGUAAGCCGGCCGAGCCCCGUCGGGAGCGCAACUUCCCGCCGCCGCUUCGCAAACUUUGCUCCGCGCCGCCGCCGGGAACGCUGCCGCCCGCCGCCGCCGCCCCAAGCCGGGCAGGCUGCCUCGCUCGCCCCCAGCCGCCCGGGCGGGGAGGGGCCGGAGCCCCUGCCGGGCCGGCUUGGCGGGCAGGUCGGGGCGCUCCCGGCGUGCCCGGGUGCCUGCGGGCGUGA